CAUCGGCUAGUGCGAGCUGUCAAACCUGCAAAACGCUCAAGCGUGUUUUGGACUGUGCGAAGAAAUGGUGGUCAAAAUGAUCGAAAAUCCACGUGCUGGAAAAAAACUCAAACCCGGGAACAGCAACAAACGGAUCCGGCUCCAGAAGCCGGUGGUGGAAGCGGCGGAGGCGGAACCAGUUGCAGUCGCCCAAGCAGAGGAAAGGUCCAUCCUCGUUGCGAAGGAGCUCAAGUUUGUGAAAUCGCUCGCCGGGAAUGAUCCGAAGCUGCGUCGGAAGGUGCUGAAAAACCUCAAAAUUUGGCUGAAUACCCGAGUCGCAGCUCGUUCGGUAGCCUUUACCGAUGCCGACUUCCUGCGCCUUUGGAAGGGUUUGUUUUACUGCAUGUGGAUGUCGGAUAAGCCGCUGAUUCAGGAAAAUUUGGCCGACGAGAUCGCAUCCCUGGUGCAGUGCUUCGAGGAUUUGUCCAUAGCGUUGCAAUAUUUCGGCGCCUUCUUGGAGACAAUGUCCAUCGAAUGGUUUGGCAUCGAUAACUGGAGGAUCGACAAAUUUAUGAUGCUUGUUCGUCGUUGUACGCGUCAGAUGCUUAUCGCACUACACGAAGCAGAAUGGCCCAAGCAGCACGUCGAAACGUUGAUGAAGUACGUCGAUCGGUUCUUGUUAAACUCGAAAAGUCCCUUCGGAUUGACCAAGCACUUUGGCGAUUUGCUGCUGGAAGAGCUGGCCAAGGUCAGCGAGGGCGAUAUCGACGCGGACAUUGUUCACACCAUCGUCGAGACGUACGCAAUCCGGCUGCUCAGCACAAACGAUAUGCGGCUCAUCAAGCACAUAACGUCGAGCGUGUUCCAUUCGCUUCUGUACCAGUCGGAACUCGGCCAGGACUACCAGGAAAAAUUUGACCUAUGGAAAAAGACCAACUUCGUGACGGGAAACAUUGACAGUGUAGAUUACGAAGUCAAUUGCGAGUAUGAAGACGAAAAGGAGGGAGGAGAACUCGAUCAGGAAGGCGACAGCGAUGAGGAAGGUCGAGAAGAUCGAGUAUUUGAUCCCCGGGCGGGACAAGUCGAUGUUGUCAUCAAUGAGCUGCACUUUGAUCCGCUGAGAAUUGUGGAAGUUUUCGAAGCCAAUCGAUUCAAACCAUUCGUCACUAACAAAGGCCGAAAACAGAUGAAGAUGUUGGUAAAACAGUACAAGAAAUUCGCCACGGGUUUUCCACUUGGUAUCCAAACCGUCGAUAGUAUCGACAAUAAGGACUACAAAGUAGACAUCGAAGAGCAGAUCGAAGAACUGGAAAACUUUGAACGGGAGUUGGUUGGGGAGAAACCAGGCAAAAAGAAGAAGAAAAAGGUCGAAAUUACGGAAGAAACUACACAAACAGAUGCAACGGAAACAGAUUCAGCCCAGAAAGCCACUAAAACUAAAAAGAAGAAACCCACUAAGAACGAUGUAAAACAGCAAAAACUGAAGCUCCUAAAAGCGAAGCGUGAAACGAAAUUGGAAGCUCUAAAAGAAAAACUGGUCAAAUCUAAAAACACUCUGGCAAAAGAAACAAACGCGCAAAAUCCUUCCAGUUCCAGCAAAAACACAGUCAAAGCGGUGAGUGAAACCAAAUUCGCGUCUGCUGCCUCCACCAACGGAACGUUUAAGAUCGCCGACGAAUGGUCAGAACCGCUAAAGGACGGAGAAACAGAACAAUUUAUUCCCUCCCGCAAGACGAAGCUCAAGCAGAUCAAGCAGCAGCACGCGGAGGAGGAAGACGCGAAGCUAGUGCGAAACCCGUUUGCCACCCCCAAAAACAACGCCAAAGCGUUGAAGCGUACGGCUGAGACUCCGCAAACCGACGGUGCCGUUGGCGUGGCAGCGAAGAAGAAACGAGUGAAAAUCGCCCUCAACAAGAACGUUUCGCAGGACCUGAAGGAGCACAUAAACCAGGUGCUGAGUUCGCCCCAGGUGCCAUACGACUCGAGCAAGAAGCCGUCGAAGGGAGCGCUCAAGCCGAACCUGAUGCCAAGCCCGAUCAAUCCGUUCUACAGGAAAAAGAUUGGCCUCAAGUUGAACGGUACGCUGUAGAGAAAUUGCAAUUUGAUGUUUCAUUAUUUUGGUAGGUGAAAUAAAUGGUUGUUAUUU